UUGUGGCUUUGUGCUGGUCAUCCUCUCUCUUAUCCAAACUCUCUCAAAAUGCCACUCGCCUCUCCUCUUCUUCAACUUCCAAUCUCCCAAUUCAAAUCCCUCACCCUCGCUACCCCUUUCCUCCAUGGCUCCUCCUCUCUGUCCCAUCUCUCAAAGCCCUCUUCUUGCAUCUCCGCUCCCCAACCCGCUUUCCUCCCCGCAAUUCGGGCUAUGAAGGUCAUGCAGGGCCGCGUGGUCUGCGCCACCAACGACAAGACUGUCGCCGUGGAGGUUGUCCGCCUCACAGUGCACCCAAAGUACAAGCGCAGGUACAGGGUGAAGAAGAAGUACCAGGCUCACGACCCCUCCAACCAGUUCAAAGUUGGGGACUUUGUUCAGCUUGAAAAGAGCCGCCCCAUUAGCAAGACCAAGACUUUCGUUGCCAUCCCUGCCCCUCCCAGGAAUCAGCGCAAGCCCAAGGAGGAUUCCGGGUCCCAGGAGCUUGGGCUUCCCAUGGAGUCCCAGCAGACUGAGAGUGAUUAGAACUGGUGGCUUUGUUGGUAUUCAAAGUUUGAUUGUGUUUUGCGUUUUCUUGAAUUUUUGCUAGUGAACUUAUCAUUGUGUAGUUUGAUUAAUGUGUUAAAUAAUGAAUGUUUGAUCUUGAUUUAUGGGUAUUCUUGCUUGCUCACUCCUGAA